AUGGAGAUGGAGGAGCAGAGAAUAAAGGAAGUUGGAGCAAAUGACGGGGCAGGUGUGUGUGGCUGCUGUGGGGCCCUACGCCCCAGGUACAAAAGGCUGGUGGACAACAUCUUCCCUGAGGAUCCUGAGGAUGGCUUGGUGAAGACAAACAUGGAGAAGCUGACCUUCUACGCCCUCUCAGCUCCAGAAAAGCUGGAUCGGAUUGGUGCCUACCUCUCUGAAAGGCUCAUCCGUGAUGUGGGUCGUCAUCGAUAUGGGUACGUGUGCAUUGCCAUGGAGGCCCUGGACCAGCUGCUCAUGGCCUGCCACUGCCAGAGCAUCAACCUCUUCGUGGAGAGCUUCCUCAAGAUGGUGGCCAAGCUGCUGGAGUCGGAGAAGCCCAACCUACAGAUCCUCGGCACCAACUCG